GGUUAAACAUAUAUAAUUGGAUAGCAUAUUCCGCAUUCCUUGAACAUUCCCUGUAAGUGGAGAAGAUCUAUCAACCAACCUGCUUGUUUAUCUACGAAAUUUCCAAGGUCUAUUCUGCGUAUGUGCUUCAACUCGCCGCACAGUCGAAUAGAGAGAGAAGAAGGAAUAAGAAAAUGAAGGCUGCUAGAUACUACGGCAUCAAAGAUGUGCGUAUUGAGGAGAUUAGUAUUCCAAAGCGCCCAUCGGAUCAUUUACUCUUACGGGUUGCUUGGUGCGGUAUAUGUGGGACUGAUUUGACGAAUUAUCACACUUGUCCAUUGGCUACACCGGCUCCAGGGAAACAGGACCCUAUAACUGGGGAUACUCUCCCUGUGACUUUGGGUCAUGAGCUCUGUGGUCGUGUAGUUGAGGUACCUGAAAACUGCCCCUUGGAAGUUGGACAAGCUGUCAUGGUUGAUCCCCGCCUCUAUUGCUCAGAGUGUUCCAUGUGUAAACAAGGAGACACGAAUCUUUGCUACAAGCUGGGCUUUGUUGGCUUAAGCGGAGGCGGUGGGGGUGGUUUCUCGGAAUUCGUCGCUGUCGACCCUACGCGAUGCUACCCCAUUGCUGACUCAAGCCUGGACACGGCAUGUCUGAUCGAGCCUCUAGCAGUUGCAAGACACGCCCUCCGACAAUCCGGGUUUUCUGAAUUUCGAGACAAGACUUCACUUAUCCUUGGCGCUGGACCAAUAGGACUUGCAGUCAUCCACAAUCUCAAAGCAGUCGGAACGGGACCUGUGUUUGUAUCAGAGCCAUCUUCGUUGAGACUGGAGUAUGCACGAGAUAUUGGCGUCACUGGAAUAAACCCUCAAGAAUCAAAUCUUGUAGAUACGAUUGAGCAGCUCACCAAUGGUAAUGGCGUUGAUGUUGUAUUUGACUGUGCAGGUUUCAUCCCUGCUAUGGCACCAGCAAUGUCAUCUUUGCGCAAAAAAGGGAAAUACGUCCUUGUGGCAGUUCCAACAAAGCCAAUUACAUUACCACCAACAGAGUGGUAUGCUCGAGAAAUAACAGUCGUUGCCUCGGUCGCUUAUAACGAUGUUGAUUUUCAAGAGGUUGUCAAGGAUUUCAACGAAGGCAAGUUUAAGGGUGUGGAGAGGAUGGUCAGUAGGCGUAUUCACCUGGACCAGUUCGUUGAUCAAGGGCUGGAAGCGCUGAUAACAUCGAAAGACACUUUGCUAAAAGUUCUUGUUGAACCGAAAUAAAUUGCUUUGACGACCAUCGCUUAGAAUAGAAAGAUUUUGUAAGCUUCUUGAGUCUGCGUCGACCUAAAUUGAAUGGAGUGAAAGUACAGAAGGGAAUCAAAAGUAACUCCAAGUAAGAAAAAUAUGUGUUUUAUACAAACGAUGCACAAGUAUUGAUAAAAGUAUUGAUAAUACAUCUUUC